AAGUCAAUCAACAAGAAAAAAAAACGUACAUCUCUAUUUACACUUCAUUUCAAUGGAAACGUAUAUUUGUCCAAGCGAUAGACAAUUAGCAUUACGUGCAAGACUUGGAACCGGUUGGUCUUCUAGAGCGCAAUCAGCGCAACGUCGUCGAGAUCAGCCGUUAACAACCGAUGAAGAAGAACAAAUUUUGCGUGUUCUACGACGUAAUGAAUUACUAGCUGAAAAUGAAAAGGCUAGAGUUGCAGCGAUGCUUCAGAAACUUGAUCAUUUAAAACAAACAGCCGGUGCUAAAAGAAAUGAAGAAUGUGUAUUAUGUCGUAAAGAAUUUGGACAUUUAAGUAACUUACCCAUAGUCUGUGUAGAAUGUGGUCGAAGUGUAUGUACAGCGUGUUGUGUCGAGUUAGUUAUUCCACAAUCAUGUCGACAGCCAAUGACAAAGCGUAAUUCACUGCUCAAUUUUCAAAAGAUAUCAAGUACAUACAAAAGUGGAAAUUUAAUGAAUACAACAAAAAAUCAAACGUGCAGUCCAAUGGAUCAUAAUUCACAAAACGGGAAUACAACUUUAACUAAUUCGAACACUUUGAAAACAUUACCAUCUGAUUCUAGUAAAUCGAGAUUUUUAAAUCGUCGAGGUAGUUUAAUUGGUACAUUGAAUUCAGCCGCAUUACAUAGUCAACAGUUAUUUGAAAAGGUUAGAGUUAAAGCAAAUGCACGUCAAGGGGAUAGUCAUUCAUUUGUUUGUAAAAUAUGUUAUGAAGCCAGGGAAAUUUGGAAACGUUCUGGUGCAUGGUUUUAUAAAAGUCUUCCUCGUAGUCGAAUGACAAGUUGUCCAUCUAGUCCAUCAUCAACACCUGCUCAUAAUGAUUGUCAAAUAUUGAAUGAUAUAACAGACCUUGUGAAACCUACAAAGAUUGAGUCAACUUACGAAAGUCAUACUGAUCAUGCUAAUAAUGAUUCAGAAGAAUGGAUACAAUUAAAACCAAAUCGACGACCUUCUAAACCUGAAGGAUCAGAAGCUGAUAGCUCACCUGUACCAAGUACAAGCAAGGAUACAUCCCAUAAUGAAGUUAUAUCAAGCACAAAAACACGUGCAACAUCCAAGGAAUUCCUGAAAUCUCCAGAACAUUCUGCCUAUACUCCAACAGAUCAGAGUUUUGGUGAUGUACCCAAGCCGAAUCCAACAGCAUACGCAAAUGUUCCUGCAACUCCGACUCAUCAAGACAUAACUCAUAUCUCACCGGCAUCGUGUCUUUUGCCUGAUUCGCUAAAUACUAAUCCAUUACGGAAACCACAGUCACCUAGUUCAGUGCAGUCAUUUCAUCCAUCAUUUUUACCGAAUAAAAGUGUUAAUCAUUCGACAGCGUCUGCCUUAGCUUCUUCAUUUACAAAUACCAAUUCUACACAGAAGGUUGUAAGUUUAACAGGUGAAAAAGAACCAUCCAGUCUGUUGGCAUCUUCAUCAAGUUCUACGUCUGUAGUACCACGUCCAACUAUAGCUUCAAAUGAAGAAGCUCCGUUUGGUGUACUCUACUUCACUCUGUAUCAUGAUACAUUGAAUAAGCAACUUCAUGUAGCAAUUCACAAAGCUAAAAAUUUAAUUGCAAUGGAUGCAAAUGGUCUAUCAGAUCCUUAUGUUGUAUGUCAAUUAUUACCGACAAGUCAUAAUAGUACAACACCACGUACAUCAACACGACCACAAUGUUUAAAUCCUGUUUGGAAUGAAGCUCUCACUUUUGAACCAUUCGAUGGAAAAAAUAUUCAGUUAAAAACAUUAAGAUUAGCUGUACUUGAUGAAGAUUUGUAUGGUUCUGACUGGCUUGGAGAAUAUCGAUUACAAUUAUCUCAGCUAAUUCCCAACCGUUUAACUGAUUUCGCUGUUCCACUUGGUCCACAUAAGCCGAUACAACGUGGUGAAUUCGAUUUAGCUUGUCCAACACGUGGUAAAAUACAAUUAGGUCUUGGCUAUUUAGAAGAUCGUAAACAAUUAUAUGUUGAAGUAAUUCGUUGUGCUAAUCUAGCUCCAAUGGAUCUGAAUGGAUUUUCCGAUCCUUUUGUGAAAUUAUACCUUCGACCAGAUAAAACUAAGAAAACAAAACAGAAAACUCAAAUUAAAAAAGCUACUUUAUUCCCAGAAUUUCAUGAGACAUUUUUCUAUGAUUUAAACGCUUCCGAAGCCGGUAGCCGGACACUUGAAGUAACUGUAUGGGAUUUCGAUCGUGGACCAAGUAACGAUUUCAUCGGGGGUUUGACAUUAGGUGCAGGUGCUAAAGCAGAAAGACGUGAAUUAUGGUUAGCUGUAUUUAGGCCACCAUAUCGUCGUAUAGAAGCAUGGUUUCAAUUAUCCAAUCGAACUGAGAAUGGAAGUCAAUUUACAACACCUGGAGUUUGUGAUUAGAUAAUAUUUCUUAAUCUUAAUGAUAUCAAUAAUAAAAAUAAUAGUGAUAAUAAUAACAAUAAUUUUAUUCAUUUCAUUAAAAACAAAAUUUGAUUUUGGAAUAUUAUCACUUUGCCUCCUCUUCCCUUAUUGUUGUCAGUCUUCACCGUAAUUAUUUGUAAAUUGUCCGUGCUUUCAAUAAUUAACUGCUAAUUGAAAAAAAAGAAACACUUCUAUUAUGUUUGAAACAAAUCACGAACAUUUGAUUCACACAUUAGAUUUUCAAUUAUCGCUUCUUUGUCUUUCAUUUUGAAAUUUUCACUCAUUCUAUUGCAUAUUU